CCAAAGUAAUGUAACGAAACAUGUGUGUCACAGUUGUUUAGUAUCACUGUAUUGCAUUAUUUUGAGACCGAUAGUAUCUCUUUGUUCAAUAAGGAAUAAGUUUAAAUUAUAAAUCUAAAUAUAUUAAGCCUACUGUAUUCGUCGUUUUAUGUAUAGAGAUGUGUUAAUAAACGUUUUGACGGGAAAUUGCUUUAUUUAAUGGUAAUAAGGAAAAUAAUAAGGUUAAAUUCUUUGUUUACAAAGUUUAUUUCGCGUUCCUCAAAAGAUAUGCCUUCUGAAAUACCAGCUACCAAGAGGCCAAAGCUUGUGAUAGACAACGAUGCUGGGGGCGAUGAUGCGAUGGCCAUAUUUCUGGCUGUCCUGAACGAAAAACAUUUUGACGGACCACAACUAAUCGGCCUAACUACAGUAAAUGGCAACACAUGCGAGGAUAAUGUAUACGUCAAUAAUCAGAGGAUAUUAAAAGUGGCAAACAGACAGGAUAUACCAAUAUAUAGAGGAUCAAAGUCGUCUCUAGUCCAUACUCCAGAUGGCGGAACGUACUUUGGUCAAGAUGGCCUGGGUGACACAGGCGAUGUUUAUACAGAUUUAGUUCCAGCCAAACCCACAAACGCAGUACAAGCCCUUAUAGAAUUGUCAAAGACAUAUAAAGAUGAAUUGACAGUUAUCACAUUAGGAUCAUUGACAAACGUAGCAUUAGCAAUCAAAAUGGAUCCGGACUUCUUGAAUCGACUGGACCAUCUAUAUGUAGCAGCUGGUCAUAUUAACGAUGAAAGUAACAAAGACGUGGAAUUCAAUUUAUACAUGGACGUGGAAGCUUACCAUGUUGUUGUGCAGAACGCAAAUGUGGAAAAAGUGACGUUCUUUCCUUUCUCACAAGUCAUGGAGCAUUUGAAUAUAUCAAGAGAAUGGAGAGAACAAGUUUUCGGUGCUAUUGACUCAGAUAUAGUGAGGGCUCAGAACAAGUUCGAACGGCUGGCCGUCGAGCAGAGCGACCGUUGGCAGGCUCUGGACCCGGCCGCCAUCGCUGUAGUGGUCAGGCCAGACCUGGUGACCGAGUACAAAUAUACGAAACAAGACGUCGGUUUGUGCGAUACUAUGCGAGGUAUCGUAAGAAACGAUUUUGUCGAAAAAAACAAAAGUACAGCAAGACUGGUGUACUCGGUGAAUGAAGAACAAUACAAGGAAUUCUUGUUGGAUGUAUUUUCUGCUGAUAAAAUAAAAUAACAUGAUCAGCUUAUUUUAUUUUAAUCGAGUUUUUUUUCACCAAAUAUAUUUAAACACUACCUUCAGUAUCUGCUAUUAUUAACUACUAAACUACUACUACUGUGUACUAUUAUGUGUAAAGUACUAUUAUGAAGAAUAUUUCUGAAUUAAAAAUAAGUAAUAGUGGUUAAUAUCUGUACUAAUAUUAAAAGUUUGUUUGUUUAAUUCAACACGCUAACCUCAAUAACUACUGAUCCGAUUCAAAAAUUCUUUAGGUUUUUGAUAACUACGGUUUUACAAAAAGAAUUACCUAAUUAAAGAUAAUACGCAAUUCGUAAUCCGGUUAUUAGUUUCUUAGGUGGCUGAAAUAAUAUGAACAGUAUUUGUAUUAAACCAGUUACGUAUAAGGAUAAAAAAAUACUUUUAGGAAACUGGUUUCCAAAUUCCGGUUUUCUUAACGGCCGAAGGGGUAUGCACCCCUCGAUAUAUGCAUAUCGAGGAAGGCCAUAUAUCAUAACGCUAAGACAACGACUAAAGGAGCAGAGUACCAAUGAAAAAUAUUGCAAAAACGGUAAAAAUAUUCCAUUUGUGAGCUUCCGUUGCGUGCACUGCUUAAACGGUAAAAGUUACAUAUAAAUUAUAUUUCACGGAAUUGUGUCCCUUUAAAAGUUCCAUAAAAAAGUCCGCAACAGCAUAUGUCUAUUUUAUAAGGAUGACCCACUGAAACCUUUUUCCACAAAAUAAUGUUGGCAAAAUCUCAGGGCACCUCUAGUAGGUAAAAUUGAGCAUUCAAUGAACCAUGGGUCCACUUGCAACAAUUUUGUUAUAUCUCCAUUUAACAAAAACUAGAUAUACCUACCAUAAAAAGAUGUCAAAUUGACAUUGACGUUAAGACACUUUUUUCUCUAUGGGAUAGAUCUGGUUUUAGUUGAAUCGAGGUUUAGCAAAUUUGCUGCAAUUGGGCCAGUAGCUAAAGCGUAAGAUUUUAAGAAAAGUGGGCAUUCAUGGUAGACUUGGGUGAAAUUUAUAUUACUGUUAUUUAUAAGGAACAAUUUUAGCUUCCAAAGAAUCAUUAUCUCGCCAGAAAAGAAAUCAUAUUUACUGCCAUCUACGUAAUCAAUGUUCUAUUACAAUCUACUAGAAUACCAUUUUAACCGAAUGACAAGACACUACGUUACGCAAGCAGAGUUCUCUACUUUGAUGCUGCCCUCCGAACAUAGAUGGCACUUGUAUUGUAUUACUUCAGAAAAUAUCGCAGUUGAUAAUUUAUUUUAUUUUAAUGACAUUUGUAUUCAGAAAUACUUUUUGAGGUGCUAAAAAUUUCUUAGGGAACAAGUAAAGUGUUCAUUAGGCAAUCAUUAGGUAUCAGAAGGUCACAACAAUAUUAUCAUUACUUAUACUAUGAACCUAUAAUCUUU